UUCCCAGCAUGCCACGCAAUGGUCGACGGAAGUACUUCUCCUUUUCCGGUUUUUUAAGUGCAUUGUGGGUGGCGGAAAACAGGAAAGUGUUUCUUCUGUGAUUCACGUUGUGUUAGAAACCGGGAAGGCGAGUGUUUUCGGGAAAACGUUGUUUUAAAGUUAUACAGCCAAGAUGUCUAUCGGAGUUCCCAUUAAAGUGUUGCACGAAGCCGAGGGACACAUAGUCACCUGUGAGACUAAUACCGGUGAGGUGUACCGCGGCAAACUGAUAGAGGCUGAAGACAACAUGAACUGCCAGAUGUCUAACAUCACAGUCACAUACAGGGAUGGUCGGGUGGCCCAGCUUGAGCAGGUCUACAUCAGAGGUAGCAAGAUCCGCUUCCUGAUACUACCGGACAUGCUGAAGAAUGCGCCGAUGCUGAAGAGCAUGAAGAACAAGAACCAGGGCUCGGGGGCAGGCCGAGGAAAGGCAGCCAUCCUCAAAGCUCAAGUGGCUGCCAGAGGACGUGGUCGUGGAGGGAUUGGCCGUGGAAAUAUUUUCCAGAAAAGACGAUAGGAACCCCCCCACCCUUUUUUUUUGUUUGAAUGUACAGUUUUUCUCUCUCUGUGAAAAAUAGGGUUCCAGUUUCAUUAUGGCUGAGGAGUACUUUUUUUACGUUUUGAAACUUCAAUAAACUUUGUGUUUUAAUCA